GGGCCGAGUGGGCGAAGGAGCGGCCCCAAGGCCACGUGUGUGCGCGCCUGCUCCAAGGCGGCCCCCUGGAGCCUCUUCACCGAGGGGUCUCGGGCCCCAGUUUCCGCCUCUGUGGCUUUCCGGCCCCAGACCACCUCUCCAGGCAGGGUUGACCCCGAGGGUCGCCCCUCUGGCGGCCCGGAUCAGGGGUUGAGGGCCCGGGCAACUGAGGUGAAGCCAUGUGGCAGCUGCUUAUUCCGCUGGCCCUGUGGCUGGAUGCAGUGGGCUUGGGCAGGGCCGAGCUCACAGGGGUGCAGCGCAGGGCCCUACAGGUGGCCCUGGAGGAGUUCCACAAGCACCCACCUGUGCAGUGGGCUUUCCAGGAGACUGGUGUGGACAGCGCUGUGGACACGCCCUUCCCAGCGGGCACCUUUGUGAGGUUGGAAUUUAAGCUCCAGCAGACAAACUGCCGGAAGAAGGACUGGAAGAAACCAGAGUGCAAAGCUAAGCCCGCUGGGAGGAAGCGAAAAUGCCUGGCCUGCAUCAAACUGAACUCUGAAGAUAAAGUUCUGGGCAGAAUGGUUCACUGCCCUAUACACACGCCAGGACGACAGGAGCCCCAGGAACACCAGGAGACCCAGUGCAGCAGGGUGGAGCGGGCCGGCGAGGACCCUCACAGCUACUACUUCCCAGGACAAUUUGCCUUCGUAAAGGCGCUGCCCCCCAGCUGAGCCCUGGACUGGUAGGCAGCCAGGGGGCAGGGAUAGCCCUUGGGUUGGAGAUGCUGCUGCUGGACUGUGGGAGAAGGGGAGGGGAUGGAUUAGAGCCUGGAAGGAAGCUGGCCCUCCCUCACCCACCAGAACCUCAGAGCGAACCUCAGAGCAUCCGAACCUCAGAGCGUCCGUUGUUUGUAGAAUUUCAUCCCACUUCCUGCACAGCUGGGCUUGCUGCCUCGUGAAAGGCCUGCCCUCUUAGGCAGAAGAUCUGCUCACAUCCUGGGCUAAUAAAACUGCUCUCAGACCCUG